GCUGCGGUGCGCGGGAGGCGGCGGGAGGGCUGAUGCCGCACAGCCGUGCCACGGUCCCGGCGGAGGCAUGAGGCGCGCGGAGCGGGCGGGGAGCGGAGCUGCAGAGCGCGGCUCCGCGAGGCCCUGAGCGAAGCCUCUGCGCCGCGCUCCCGCAGAGCGACUAUGGCCGGGGGAAGGAGAGGGCUGGUGGCGCCUCAAAACACGUUCCUGGAGAACAUCGUGCGAAGGUCUAACGAUACUAAUUUUGUCUUGGGCAAUGCCCAGAUAGUGGAUUGGCCUAUUGUGUACAGCAACGAUGGAUUUUGCAAGCUAUCAGGAUAUCACAGAGCAGAAGUUAUGCAAAAAAGCAGCACCUGCAGUUUUAUGUAUGGAGAGCUGACAGACAAAGAUACAAUUGACAAAGUCCGGCAGACGUUUGAGAACUAUGAGAUGAAUUCCUUUGAAAUCCUGAUGUACAAGAAGAACAGAACACCUGUCUGGUUCUUUGUGAAAAUUGCUCCAAUCCGAAAUGAGCAGGAUAAAGUGGUUUUAUUUCUUUGCACUUUCAAUGACAUAACGGCUUUCAAGCAGCCCAUUGAGGAUGAUUCAUGUAAAGGUUGGGGAAAGUUUGCUCGCUUGACCCGUGCCCUCACAAGCAGCCGAGGAGUGCUGCAGCAGCUUGCUCCAAGCGUGCAGAAAGGAGAGAAUGUUCACAAGCACUCACGUCUUGCUGAGGUACUGCAGCUGGGCUCCGAAAUUCUCCCACAGUACAAACAAGAAGCACCAAAGACUCCACCACAUAUAAUUUUGCAUUAUUGUGUUUUCAAGACUACCUGGGACUGGAUCAUCUUGAUUUUAACCUUCUACACGGCUAUUUUGGUCCCUUAUAAUGUCUCCUUUAAAACCAAGCAGAACAAUGUGGCAUGGCUAGUAGUGGACAGCAUUGUAGAUGUCAUUUUUUUGGUAGACAUUGUACUUAAUUUCCACACCACGUUUGUGGGACCAGCAGGAGAGGUGAUCUCUGACCCAAAGCUGAUUCGCAUGAAUUACUUGAAGACCUGGUUUGUGAUUGACCUGCUCUCAUGCUUGCCAUAUGAUGUGAUCAAUGCAUUUGAGAACGUUGAUGAGGGCAUCAGUAGCCUCUUCAGUUCACUUAAAGUGGUCAGACUACUUCGCCUGGGUCGUGUCGCUCGGAAAUUGGAUCACUACAUAGAAUAUGGAGCAGCAGUCUUGGUUCUGCUGGUGUGUGUGUUUGGUCUCGCAGCACACUGGUUGGCCUGCAUUUGGUACAGCAUAGGAGACUAUGAAGUUAUUGAUGAGGAUACAAACACAAUCCGAACCGAGAGCUGGCUCUAUCAGCUGGGAAUGUCAAUAGGAACACCUUACCGUUUUAACACAUCUGGCUUUGGAAAAUGGGAAGGUGGGCCAAGCAAGGAUUCUGUCUACAUCUCCUCAUUGUAUUUUACAAUGACCAGCCUCACCAGUGUUGGAUUUGGAAACAUUGCACCGACUACAGAUGGGGAGAAGAUCUUUGCUGUUGCGAUGAUGAUGAUUGGCUCCCUUCUGUAUGCAACCAUUUUUGGUAAUGUGACAACCAUAUUUCAGCAAAUGUAUGCUAAUACGAACAGAUAUCAUGAAAUGCUGAACAGUGUCCGAGACUUUCUAAAGCUCUAUCAGGUCCCUAAAGGACUGAGUGAGCGUGUGAUGGAUUACAUUGUCUCCACCUGGUCAAUGUCCAGAGGAAUAGAUACUGAAAAGGUUUUGCAGAUAUGCCCUAAGGAUAUGAGAGCAGACAUUUGUGUUCAUCUGAACCGCAAAGUUUUCAAAGAGCACCCAGCCUUUAGGCUGGCAAGCGAUGGGUGCCUUCGAGCACUUGCAAUGGAAUUUCAGACAGUGCACUGUGCCCCGGGAGACCUGAUCUACCAUGCUGGUGAGAGCGUCGACAGCCUUUGCUUUGUGGUUUCGGGGUCUUUGGAAGUAAUCCAGGAUGACGAGGUUGUUGCUAUAUUGGGCAAAGGAGAUGUUUUUGGUGAUGUCUUCUGGAAGGAGUCCACCCUUGCCCAGUCCUGUGCAAAUGUAAGGGCUUUGACCUACUGUGAUCUUCAUGUGAUUAAGAGAGAUGCCUUGCAGAAAGUGCUGGAGUUCUAUACAGCCUUUUCACACUCCUUCUCCAGAAAUCUCAUUUUGACUUACAACUUGAGAAAAAGAAUUGUAUUCCGGAAAAUCAGCGAUGUGAAACGAGAAGAAGAGGAGAGAAUGAAAAGGAAGAAUGAAGCCCCCCUGAUUUUGCCACCAGAUCACCCUGUCCGCCGACUGUUUCAGAGGUUCAGGCAGCAGAAGGAGGCACGGCUUGCAGCUGAGAGAGGCAGAGAUCCAGAUGACCUGGAUGUGGAGAAGGGCAACAUCCUAGGCGAGCACUCCUCCGCACGCUCAGUGGUCAAAGCCAGCGUUGUGACCGUACGGGAGAGCCCUGCAACCCCUGUGUCAUAUCAGUCAGCUUCAACCUCUGGGACUUCUGACCAGGCGAAGCUUCAGGCCCCCGCGUCAGAGUACACAGGAUGUAAAGCAUCAGGGGAUUACCCCCGGAGAAAAGGCUGGGCCAAAUUCAAAGACGCCUGUGGGAAAGGUGAAGACUGGAAUAAAGUCUCUAAAGCAGAAUCUAUGGAGACGUUACCAGAGAGAACUAAAGCUUCAGGAGAAGCUACCCUGAAGAAGACAGACUCUUGUGACAGUGGCAUUACAAAAAGUGACUUGCGCUUGGAUAACGUUGGGGAGACAAGAAGCCCACAGGACCGCAGCCCGGUCCUCACCGAGGUCAAGCAUUCCUUUUAUCCUAUCCCAGAACAGACUCUUCAGGCUACCAUGCUAGAAGUGAAACACGAAUUGAAAGAGGACAUCAAGGCUUUAAACACAAAAAUGACCAAUAUAGAAAAACAGCUCGCUGAGAUACUUAGGAUAUUGACCUCAAGAAGAAGCUCCCAGUCACCACAGGAGUUGUUUGAAAUAUCAAGGCCCCAGUCUCCAGAAUCAGAAAAAGACAUGUUUGGAGCUAGCUGAGGUGUUUCUUUAUAAAAAACAGUCAAUCAAAUGAACACCCCCCCCCUAACAUUUUAAAUUUAAUCUUGAAAACAAGUGAGGGACCAAUUCACUAAGCAUGUUCCCUAUGUCUAAAAAGGUACAGUAGCAGGAAUUGCAACCUCAUGUCAAGAUGGCAGCUGGCUCUGAAGUCUUUUUGACAGCAAGGGUACAGUUUAUAAAGCUUUUCUUUUCUCCAUUGGUGCCCAUUCUCCCCACUCCCUCUUUCUCCCUCAGGAUGUUGGAAUAAGAGCUCCGAAAGCAGCAGCCAUCCCUGUGAGCGCCAGGUGACCUCUUAGGUUUUUGGAGCAUGCCUUAUGUAGUUAGCUCAGUUUUUGCCUAUAUGAAUAAGGACUGGCCAGGGUGCUUGUGCUUUCAGCAUUUUUUUUUUUGCUGCUGCUGUUGUCACUGUUUCAGUCACCCGUACAGCAUGUUAAAUGCCACAGUAUAUUUUCAUGUACUUGUAAUAAAGCAAAGAGGAGUAGAAUUUGUGCUACUCAAUACCAAAGUUACUUUUGGGUAGUCAAGGGACAGCUAAGAAGAAGGGAAAAAAUGUAAAAAAAAAAAACCCAAAAAAAACAACACACAAAAAAACCCCUCAAGUCUGUUAGUAAAUGGGUUCAUCCACAUUUUCAUUCUUUGAGUCAGGAUAUUGAUUUUCAAAAUCUGGACUUCUGUCUCAGAUGUCGUAGAACAUUACCUGUGUUUUUAAUUUCUGCUGGAGGACGGAGGUUUGGGUGUGCUGUGUACCUGCAGAACGUGCAGAACACUUUCUGCCCACUGCAGAAUGUGUUGUGUGUCAGUGUCAAUAACCAUUCUGCAGAUUUGCCUCCCUGUGAAAAUAUACUGUAGCAAUUAUGUCCUGUCUUUGCUAUGAAUCUGCUCUUUUGAUUCUUGUUAAAUUAUUAUUCAGAAGUUUCUGUUUUGGUAGUGUUCCUUGUAGCCAAAGGCUUUCACAGAACUUUCAUAGAAUUUAAAUUGUUGCAUUUUUCUCUAUAUCCGGAUGUAUUGUUAUUGAUCUAAUCUAUCUAGAAAGUAAAUGGAGGUAGAAACACAGUGCUUACUGUAUACAAGUGCUAUUGUAGCAAGGAAACAAGAAGAUCUGCUUCUUAAAGAAGGAGAUGUUUCCAAAACUUAUAUUUUCAUAUCUUUUUUGGAGGAAGAUUGAAGCACUUUACCAAAAUGACUGUUCAUUAUUCAUUAUUUAGGGUAGCAGAGAAGAUUCCAUACCUUGGGACAUAGGUAUAGAUCUGCAGUAAAUUCUCUCCACUGGUCUGGUAUGCUCACUAUUUAACCGUAGGUUAUUGUCCAGAAGCAUGGUGCAACUGUUGAGCUUUUCAUUCUCACUGGCAGUAGGUCCUAACACACUGUGGGAGUAGUUCUCAUUCUUUUUCUAUGGUACUAACUCAUUUACAUUAAAAAAAACACAUAAAUUUUUGGAGCAGAUAUGAGAUUUGGGUUAAGUAAGAAAGAGAGAAGGGAAAUGACCAAUUAGGAGGGAUUUCUGGUGGCCUAAUGCUUGCAUGGGGCCAUGCAGAAUUAUGCCAUACAUCCUUGGGGAAGUGCAAGGCCCACCAGUGAAACUGCACACACAGUAUUGGGGCUGUGCUGUGCAAAGCUACGAGCUCAGGCCUUGAAGGCAGUAAGUUUGUUUUAUCUGUUCUGAGGACAGCACUGCAGUUUGCAGCUGCUUUAGGGUUAGCUUUCAAGGGUCUUGCAUGCUGGUUCAGUACAGGAGUGUCCACAAAUAAUAAAUUUUAAUCAAGUCUUGAAAGAUUCCCGAAAUGCAUCUGGAUCAAAUCUGUCUGCAACUUUCUACUUCCCCUACAGAAAGAAAAGGCAUUACAGAAGUGACUUGCUAGGAAACAGUGAAACAGAGGUGCCAUUUCCUAUAUUUAUUUCCAGUUCCAAGUUUGGGUUUUUCCAGUGGAAGCUGGUGUCUUUUGCAGUUAUGUCUGGGGCAUACUGAGGAGAGCUUUUUUGACCAAAGUCACGGUGUGUUUGGUGCUUUAAUCAGUAUGAAUGGCAACAGCUACCUGCAAUAGCUAUGCCAUUUCCAUAAGGGAUCCAUACAACAGCAGUUUCAGAUUAGAAUUACUACGUGUUUUCCUCUCCAAACUCCUCGGUCAGUAAAUUCAUUGGGCAGUGAAAUUAGGUAAAAAUAAACUACAGGUUUGCAAGUAUACAUGUAUUUGUAAUCAGUGCCCCGGAGUUGCAGAGGGGUUUGAGCGGUUCACUUGGUGCCAGUUUUCUAAUCCAGGCAAAUUACUCAUCAGCGUUGUGUUUCCUUUGUAACAUGUUUGGAAGUCUUGCUGAACUCAGCUGGCAGCCAGCUACCUGCAGUCUGAUAAACAUGGAAAUUAGCUUAUCCCAGACCAGAUAAGAGGGGAAAUGUUUGUUGCCCCCCAGGUAUGUGCCUAACGUCUCCAGUGUUGCAGUGCAGAUGUAGGAUUAGAUGCACAGUUGCAGAUUACCUAGUCCUCUGUUGCUGUGUCCAUGUUAACGUUUCUCAGUGGUAUCUUUCAUGUGUCCUCAGGGAUAUGUUUAAGGUUUUUCUGGUGUUGCUGAUUGCCUAAUCCUGGAGUCAAGGCAGGGUUAAUCCUAGAAGCCUCACAAUUAUUUGCAUCACCACAUGCGGUUCGGUGAGUAAAGGAGCAUAAGUCCCCAUUUCUGAGGGCACUCCAAGUGCAGCCUGAAGUUUAGUUCAGUUUGGAAUACAGGUACGUGCUCCAUGGCCAGGGCUGGGUGAAGCACAGAGUCCAUUUUUAAGGCUUUUAUGAGGCCUUUUUAAGAGCCUAUAAAGUCAGUUAUAAUCCACUCGUAUAGCUUUCAAAGAUUGUAAUAUACUCUGGAAUUACACUUAAAAUGUAAUGUCACUGAAGAUUAUGGCCAAAUUUGAUUCUGUUGCAGUCAUGAAUCUCCAGAAGAACUUGCACUCCUUCCAAUGACACCUUCAAGGCAUCUGCUCCAGGUCAGCACUGAAGUGGGCAAUGUCACUGAGAUUUGCACAGCUCUAACAAGUCAGAUCCAUUUUUAUUAUGAUUUCAUGAACUGGCAGGUACUAAAGCUAGUUGUAGAAGACUGCAUCAUCCCUUAGUAACCACUAUGCAUUGUGAAGGAAUCUGAAAAAAUAUAAUAUUUAGGAUGAGCUUUGGUCUUUGGAUUCCCUGGGCUACUUAGUGGUAAAUAAGCGAAACCUUGUCUGCUAUGGGACUCCCUUGACCCUCAGACUAGUUUGGACCUGUAGUGUAUUGCCCAGGCUCAGCAGAUGAAGAGAGAUUUGUUUAGGGAGUGACUGAAAGCAGCUAUGUUGUAAAUCUGUCUUUCUCCAUUGAGCCUUAAACUUGGAUGCCUAAGGCUGGGUGGUGCGCAUAUCCACGGUAAUUGUUACUUAUUCUUCCAUUUUAUUUGUGAGCUUUUCCUUUUAUUUGUGUUGGGUAAGCCUUUUCACUUAAAUUAUUUUUCAUCUUAGAAAUGGAUGACCUCUGAACAUGAGAUUCUGCCCCUUAACAAGGAAGCGGUUUACAUUCUGUGUUCUGGCACAGUGCUUCUACCACUUAACUACCUGCUAAACAACCCGUGUUAACGAACAAGAGAUUGUGUCCCAUUUUUACCCUAUGGUGGAAUGAGAUUUCAGUCAAAAGCUGGUAGUUCAGAGGAAGAGGCGGGGCUCAGGGUUGUUACAAAGGGAGCUUGUAGAAGUUCGUACUUAACCAGAAUACCAAUAUGCAGCACAGGAUUUAAAAAGCAAAAACCAACCCUCAUCCCUUCCAUGUUCAGCUACAUUGACUUCUGUCUGGUAUUACCUGUAUACUUUUACAAACACCAUUCUUGCUUUAAAUCUCUUUCACAGUGCUGCUCUGAAUCCCAGCGAACACCCUGUUUAGCAGCUUCGAAGGUGAUGUUCUGCUUCUACAGUACUUCACUUUAAUGAACUGAACAAGAUAUUUACUGUGAAUAUCUGGUGAUAUUUUUUCAAUCACAGUCUGUGAAAGAAUUUACUACGAUUUGUCUUUGCUAUACAAACAGCAAUGUGUAUGACUACGCUUGUGCCGUUGCGUGUACAUACACACGUAUAUAUAGUAUCUGUGUAUAGACAAUAGAUAAUAUGGAUUGAUUUCUGUUAUGUAAAAGCACAUCCUUCACUUAAUGAUUACAGUUCAAGAAGGGAACUAAAAUCUUCCCCUUAGCUACCCACUGAAUGUGCUAGCUAGCAUCUUGUUUGUUAAAUGUUGAACUUUCAGGCCAUACCUUCUGGUUUCUCUAGCAGUCUCAGCUUCGUACAGUUAGUUUGGCUGAUAUUGUGACUGAGAGAUCUGGCAGGUGCUGUUAGUCAGGAACCAGAAAUGUAUGUGAAAUUGGAAAAAUGCUGUAUCAUAGCUGGUGGGAAAACAGCUUGUAAGCCACUGUUUCUUGCUUGCUCACAGUACCUCUGAAGCCAAGGUGCCCUGGUAUUGCCUCUCCUGGCUUCUCCUGCAGGAGGGACUGUGGAACAGGAGGGUUUCUUUUUCCUGGCACUGGGGGCUGUCUCAAGGUGCUGAGCCUGUCCUUCUCACAUGACACUUGGUCACUGCACUUCUGCUUUCUCGGCCUGGUCUUAGGUGGUGAAGAGCAUCUACUUAAUUCUUCCUUUCUCUGUAGUCUCCUGUGUGUGUAUUGGCAAUAACAAUGUCUGUGUUUCAGCCGCACUUCUGAUUUAUUAACAGAAACCUUUUAGAGAGAGACCCGGGCAGGGGAAGCUCCAGAAAUGUGAGGUAUAGUACAGUAGAUUACUGUAUCCACUAAUCUGACAUACUUUUGACCACAUUGUUGUGGCAAGCAUUGAUUCAACUAAAUAAAAAUAAUGCUUUUUGCAAUAAGAUAUAGCCAACAUUUAGCCUUAAGACCCUUUCAUAAGUGAAACAUUUCAAACUGUGAUUCCAUUCUCUUUCCUUCUUCAUGUUCUGUAGUAUUUACAAUGUUGCCUAAAGAUAAAGCACUUUGAUUAGCUUUCUAAAUCUAAUGGAAAUCACUUGUUGGUAAUCACGCUUAUUUCUCCACUUAAUGCCUUCUUAUUAGGAUAAUAAAUUACUCCAAUAGUCCUCUCCCUUUCCAAAACAGACAUAAUUAUUGUGUGAACACUUUUGUGUUAUUGGGGAUCCAAGCCCGACCUAUCACAAAAGUGUUUGUUUUGAAGACUUUAUUUUACAGUGCAACAAUGCUACUGUGAAUUUACCUGCAGCCGUAAUUUGUUCCGAGCUGAUUGUUGAGUGUCGUGCAAACAUAUUUGAUGUGUAAUCCCAGAGCAUCUCCAUAACUGGAUUUAAAUGCCUGAUGUCAGCAAAGCAGUUUGGGGCUUUCACUUGCUGUUCUGAAAGGCGGAUGUCUUUUUCCUUUCCUCCCACUGAAGGUGUGACCACUGACAUAGAAAAAGAAUCCUUUUAGCUGUAGAUGAGAGACAUUCAAUAAUCUCGUAUCAGGAUGAACUGCUAUAUAAAGAAAUAUGGAGUUUUCUAAUGAAUGUGUUAGAUUAUUGUACUUACAUACAAUCAAUAUUUGUACAUCUGUUGGAAACCCGUCUGCGUUUCGGUAUUUAGCCACCACUGCAUGGACACUUUAUUGAUAUGCAGUUACUGCAGUCGCUUUGGAGCUUUUAAAUGUAUUUCACUUGGUUUUAUCCUUUCCAAAAUCCACCAAAUAUUCCUGUUUCUUUUUCUUUGCAUUUGUCACUUUGUUCAAUGAAGCAUGAUCAGACAAAGAGAACGAGUAGAUACUAUUUUUGUGGUCAGCAAAGCAGCUGCCAGUAGAUAGACAGUGUGUGUGCACAUACACACUGUUUUGGAAUGUUUCAGUUACAAAUGCAGCCACCUACAUUAAUGAUAUCCCUGUUAAACAUUUUUAAACAAGCACAAAUAAUAUUUGUAAAAAAAAAAGUUUAAUUUUAUUU